AUGCGAACUUCCGGGGACAGUGGACGUAGGGAAAGCCCAAUAAUAGAUGAAACAAAUACACACCCAACUGUGGCGUGCGUGGAGGCGACACCAACUCUGGGACAGACUUCCUAUGCACCAGGAAUGAAUCAGGUACCUGAGGUCGGUGAGACAGGAAAAGGGCCUUCAUCUAUUCAUCGAAAAAGUCACGGCGGGGUUGCAGGGAGUAUGAUGACUGUGCGUAGCAGAAUCGUUACCUCACAAAACAAUCACUUAUCCGAAGGAAUGGGCCCUCAGCUUGACGCUGAGGGUCCUGACUGCGAGGACUGUGAAAAAUUGGGUGGUUAUGGCGAAACUCAGCAUAGUUACAGCUUGACUAGUCGCUCAUGCAGGAGAUCAGAUAUUAGCAUUGAUGCCUUCCCUCCACAUCGUGAACUAUCUGGGCAUGGGGGUGCGAAAGGUGAACAGGUACAAAUAGAUCCUGAGAAUAUCGAAAAAUCGGCGUCGACUCCUGAUCAAGCCGGCGUUGAUAGCACCCGUGUCUCUAUUGAUUCCUACAAUCAUAAUGCACCGGUAUCCACAGGAGUGGCCUUUUUGACAAAAGCUGAGCCAGUAGUAGUCUCAACAGUGUAUAAUGAGAGGGAUGCUGGGUCAAGAAAGAGCUCUGGUGAGGCGGAGAAGUCCAUGCAGUCGUUGCACCAGCAGCUCUGCCACUUUUCCGCGGGGAAAAAUGCACUGCGCCGCCGAAGCCGUGAUACAUCUCCGACAGCACUAAUUGCUAGCCCUACGGUGCCUGUGGUCCGCGUUGAAGCAGAGUUUCCAGAAAGUGGCUGGGGAGGGGGAUCAGGAUCCGGAGACGUUGCGGAGGUAAAGGUUCCUAAUAGUCUCUCCACUGCUGUUGCUUGCGCAGGCCGGUUGCUGGAUACGAAUCUCGCUCCCAGCGAUGGUGUCACAACUAACACGCGUGAGAGUGCUAGUCGUAGUCGACGAAGUGCCCAGUUUUUGAGCGAGGUGCUGGGGUCAAGUGAAAAGGCUCUGGGGGCCUUCUCCACGAGACGUGAGGGUGGAAGUGGCAACAUGGACAGUGCAGCAGCAGUUUCAAAUCCCCUUCAUCAUCAUAACAACACAAGUCGGAGAAGUGACACUAGGUCCACUAGCGACACCCACUACGCGUAUGGUAAUGGAGUGACCGGAACACAAAGCAGUGGAGCACGAAGAGAAUUGCCUGCGCGCAGUGUAGAGAAUCUUGCCGGGGGAAGUAGGGGUCAGUACCAUACAGACGGUCUUGCAGAUUGGCGUUCAUUUGGCAGUUAUCGUGGUGAACUAGAGUGGCUCUGCGUACCUUCUUUGUUCUAUCUUUUUGCCAACAUCAUCAAGUGGAAUGAGCUGCGACUGCAGCGCCAAUCGUCUCGAACCUCUCUCGAGGAGAACCGCGCCCGGUUAAGUGAUGCGUCGUUCUCCCUUGUCUCAAAUUGGACUCCAAAUCGCGAGCAAGAGCUCUAUAUGCUGGAGGAUCGCAUAAGUUUCUCCGUUUUCGAGUUGAAAGGAGUGUACUUGAACCCGCUCUUGGUGAGGUGGUCGAAGCCGAAGCUCCGCUCACUUGUUGCAGAUGUUGCGUUAACCUGGGAAAAGGAAGGCCCUUACAGUGCCGCGUUCGACCGUGUUUCAUCACGGCUUUUCGACGCCAUCUCCACAGAACAGGCUUGCCAGCUUCGCAGCACCUGUUUGUUUUUGGUGCGACAGUGGCUGGGAAGCGCACAACACCGAUGUGCUGUCACGUGCGUCUUGAUAGGUUUGCUCAUUGUUUCGAUUCUCUGCAUUAUUUUUCUUGCGGUGUUUGGCCGCCCACAAGUCAUCGUCUGCAUUGUGCUUUCGGCGAUGCUCAGUGUAGCGGUGGCUUUGAUGUACGCGGUUGCCGUGUUCGUAUUGCAUCACAACACGUAUGCAGACGCGGCUGCAAAGUACUUCCGCGAGGAGGUGGUAUGCGCAGCGCAGAAAAAGAUGGAGGAGGAGGAAAGGGAGGAGGAGGAGGAGGAAAGUGGAAGCGGCUGCGGCCACGGUGGUGCGGCGAAGACACCUCGGGACGCGGCAGGGACCAGUGGCAGGGGUUACACAGCAGACAAUGACGACAUGGAUGCCAAUGAUGAGUACAUGGAGGAUGAAACCUCUCUGGUGGUGCGCAACCUGCGAGCCCUGACCGAAGGCAGUACCUACCCGGUUGCUAACGCACCACCCUACUACCGCCUGUCGGAUCGGCCUCACAGUGGAAAGCAUGGCAGUGACGGUGCAGGGGACGCGCUCGAAGAUGAUAUGACGCUGGGGGAUGAGAACUACGCCUUCCUGACCACCCGUUCUUUACAGGCUGGUGGCACAGCCAAGCAGCGGUUUGAGGGGUAUCGUGAAAAAACGCCUCUGCUGGGUUGCGUGGCCUUCGAGCAGCAUCAGGCGCACAUGGGUCAGCACGCGUCUCACAGGGCGCAGGCGUGCAUGAGCACAACGCAGGUGCUGCGGCCUACGGAGCAAGCGAUGGCCAGCAGCACCAGUGGCGCCACCGGAGCGCAGGCGAGGAAGAAGACUGCUGACAGCUGGGGAAACGACAGUCAGGGGGAGCUUACUCGAGGAGGGCGUGAUGACGCAAAGGGUGUGAUGCAGAGGCAACCGCCGCUGCUGAAACUCUCUGAGUUGCCUGAGAACUUCAAGGUAACGGCGCUGCUGUUUUGCGGGAAUGUGGGGAUGCUUUCGCAAGUGGCACCAUCGCUGUGGGAACGCAAUUUUGUGCUGGCGCGCGUCAGCAGCUUUCAAACGCUUGACAGCACGUUCAAGCACGGCUCCGAGCGCUUCAAGGUAAUACUAAUCCAUGCCCCAGAUGUGCCAGAGGGUUCUGCAGCGUUGGAGACGGCGCUUUCGUGGCUACAAGUGGAGAAGCGGCCCGUCUUUUUCUUCUCCUGCUCACCGGCAGCGUACCCGGUCAGUGUGCCAUUCUCCUCCCGCCUGCUGGUGCCGUUUUCCACCACUGUUCUCAACGCUCUCUUCCAGGCGGGCAUCGGGGUGGAGUCGGAGCUCAGUUCUCUCUCGUUCCCGGUGCCUCAGCAGGAGCAGGAGCGGCAAGGGCGGCAGUCCCCAUCGCAGCCUUUUCAGGUUCCACCGUACACUCUCGGCCGCAGGCUCGGUGGAGGCGCAUUUGGUAACGUGUUCGAGGCAGAGAUGGAGCACACAGGAGCCAAGUGCGCAGUGAAGCGGAUGUACUUGAAGGAGGAGUCGAACGAAGAUGAGGAGCAGCAGGUGCAGCCAGGGUACAGCAGAGUCGCUGGGGCUUGUGUAGGCAGCACUGGGCCCCUUGCAGCAGGCGCAACCUUCGCGGGGUCUCCCGGGGCGGCAGGGGUGGGGGAAGAGACGGGUGAAGGAGCCACUGCGGUCGGCUCACAGCUGCGUGACAUUGCCCAGGAGGUGGAGAUUAUGAGUUCACUGCAGCAUCCCAACAUUGUGCGAUACUACUACUGCGAACGCGACGACAACUGCAUCUCCAUCUUCAUGGAGCUCUGUACUGGCGGCUCGCUGAGCUCGUUGAUUCACAGCGGAAAGCUGGUGAACCCGCCCGAGAUCAAACACCUACUGCGAGAGAUCAUCAGUGCCGUUUCCUAUCUGCACAACAUGCGGAUCGUGCAUCGGGACUUGAAGCCGGACAACGUCCUCUUUCGCCAGGGGCACGUUAAGAUUACGGACUUUGGCACGGCGGUGCACAAACAUGGUGGCGGCCUGCGACUUAUCAGAGGCACGUUCGCGUACAUGGCUCCUGAGAUCUUGGUGGGGGAUCCGUAUGGGCGCGCCUGUGAUGUGUGGUCUAUCGGCUGCAUCGCUGCCGAGGUGCUGUCGGUGGAGUUACCGCAGCAUGCGCUGGGGCUUCCAGAGAUGUGUGAGUACUAUCGUGCCAUGAGCGAGAACAGUGAGCUGGCCAUUGAAUGCGACGUACCCGGCGUACGCGAUUUCCUCCUCGCUUGUCUGCAGCGCAAUCCCAACGAGCGUAGCACGGCAGCGAGGCUUUUCUACCACCCCAUCCUGCAAGCCCGCGACACCUCCAUUCAUGACUGGAUGGUGGAGGUGGUGGCGCGUCGCCAUCGCACACAGCAGCAGCAGCAGCAGCAAGCGUUUCACCGCAACGGACUUGGCAGCCGCAUGGGUGGCAGGCCAGGCGGGUCUGGUGGUAAUCACCAAGCCAGCUCCAAUGUACCGAACAAUAACGAGGGCAUGAGGUGUGUAAGUGCCGGUGUCGACUUCGACUUGCACUCUGGCGGCGGAAGUGCCCAAUCGCUCGACUCGUCAAAGCUGAUAGGACAGCAAUCGUCGCCUGACUCAAAACUUACCGAGUAG